AUGCCGGGAUUCUCCAAUAUAAGAAGGCAUUUGGCUGAGGUUGGAACCCAGCAUGCGAUGAGAAUCUAUCUAUUCCUAGUCCUAGCAGCAGCUUUGCCUGUGCGUGAAGCCCCACUUGAAGCACGGGCAGUGGGCGCAACCACAACCAAUAUAGGCUGGGCGCAGCUUCUUGGCCUCGCGCCAACCGGCACGCCUGCACCAACCACCACGCUGACUGCGCAAGUCGCACCCACGCCGACCACUACAAGAGGCACUGGCAUUUUCGGGUCCAGCAACACCGGCAAUUCUGGGUCUGGCAAUUCUGGGUCUGGAAACACGGGUGGCAACAACGCCAACACUGAAAGCAGCGGUCUGAACUGGCUCAGUCUGCUUCUUCUGCUUUUCUCUCCUUCUUCUUCUUCCAAUACUUCGCCGUCCUCUACCGCGUCGCCGUCCUCUUCUUCGGCGUCGCCGUCUGGCUCGGGCUUUUUCGCAAGCCUCCUCGAGCUCUUGGGCGGCCUGCGUGGAAACGGCGCGCUGGGCAGUCUGGGUGCGACCCAAGCCACUGCUUCUUCAGCCACCUCUACCCUGGGCGGCAGCGGACUAUUCAACACGGCGCUGGAAAGCCAGAGCGGCGAUAAGCCAGCAUUUUCUGGUCUAGUUGUUGUUGAAGGCGCAGGAGGCUCUGACACGGGCAGCGAAAGCACCCAAACAGAUGCGCCUCUGUCAGAGGGCGCGGAGUACGCUGAACAAGGCGUGGGAAUCACCUAUUCGCCCUACACCAAGUCUGGCCAGUGCAAAAGUGCCAGUCAAGUUGCUUCUGAUAUGGCCAAGCUCCGUCUGUACCAACUAAUCCGGCUCUAUUCAGUCGACUGCCUGGGGAUCCAGAAUGUGAUCCGGGCCUUGGGCCUGCAGCAGCAGCUAUUUUUGGGUGUUUGGGCCAUUGACAAUUUGGACACUGACCUUUCGUCCAUGGCGCAACAGGUGGAGCUGGGGUCGCGCGGGUGGCGCGCAGUGCACACCGUGGCGAUUGGAAACGAGGUUGUCAAUUCCGGGCGCGGGUCCGCCUCCCAGGUGCGCGCGGCCGUGCAAAAAGCACGCCAGUGGUUUUCGUCCAACGCGCCUUCGUAUUCGGGCGCCAUUGUUUCGGUCGACACUUUGGCUGCGGUGAUGGCCGAUAGUUCCAUGUGUGACAUUUCCGAUUACCUUGCGGUCAACUGCCAUCCGUACUUUAGUGGCAUUGAGGCCCUGACUUCGGGCACAUGGUUGCAACAACAAACAGCCCAAUUAAAGAGCCAUUGUAACAAUGGCAAGGAUAUCCUCAUCACCGAAAGUGGAUGGCCCAAUGCAGGCAAUACCUUGGGCCAGGCGGUGCCUUCUACAGAAAGUCAGGUACUCGCGCUUCAAAGCUUGGGUAAAGUCAUGGGCCACCAGGUUGUGAUGUUUACCAUGUACAAUGACUAUUGGAAGGACCCGGGACCUUAUAACGUGGAGCAGCGGUGGGGCAUUUAUGGUGAUCCGUCUGCGUAA